AUGAACUACGUCACUGAUACAGCCCACUGGAAGGAGCUGUUUCCCCUCUCGAUAUCUCAGGAUCAUAAAGACUCCUACUCAGUGUCUGCAAACCUGGACAAAUACCACGCUACUGAUAUUGGGACAUUCAGUACGGCUGGAUUUAAUGGGCAAGAAACCCUUGUGGCUAUUUCCAACGAGGUUAAGUCUCAAGAACCCUCCCCAUGGCCAGAAUUUGAAUUUGAAUUCAACGGCUAUAGCACCAAUGCCACUUGGACCAAAAGGGGAGCCAGACUGUGGUCUCCGACCAACACGUCAUUAUGUGAGGUCGAUGGGAAUUUGAAAGUUACAAUGAGUCUCAAAAUUGACCGUUGGCACUCGGAUAUUUUGAUUAGCGACGGAGAAAAGCCGACCUGGAACCGAACUGUUGGAUAUGACAAAGGUUACUAUGGGUACCACCCUUCUUCUCACGUCGAUGACAAUAAUGGAGCAAGCCCUCAGUAUCUGCCAUCGAAAUUGAGUACUGCUACCGUCGCAGGAGUCUUAUGCCUAGCUGUCAUGUUUGUUUAG